AAGCUGAAUAUUUGACGACGAAAGGAUUGCGUUAGUUCAGUCGUGUCGCGGAGUAAGCGUGGGCAAGACUCUCAAGUCUUUUACGCAUCAUUCCGCCCAUUAAAGGCUAAUUUUCCAAUAGAAAUAACAAUACGAACGAAAUAACCCUUGAGACCGCGCGACGCCAUUUUUGCACACUGACGUACAACCAUUCUAUUUUUAAAUUUUGCCGCGAAAGUUUCUUAACCUGGUCAUAAGUCAAAUGGCUUUUUUCACGGUCGGUGUGCAUCCAGCCAGUAUUGACAGAUAAAUUGCUUGUGAGAUUAUCAGCAAAGAGUUUUUAAUGAACUUUUGACUUUUAAAAAUAAUCACAGUGGAUCCGUUUGUGAAAAGAAAGAUGAAAGUAUUUAAGAAGAAACUUCGUUUCUCAAUAGCUUGCCGUUAAUUUUGAACUUAUAUUCGUUGUGUAGCUGUUUUAUUUGCAAGUAUUUCACAUAUCAGAAGCGACGUGAAAGAAUCGUGGAGUUAUCAGACUUUAGAAUAGUCGACAUAAAAGAUUUACAAUGAUGCAUAGACAUUACGCAGUUUGCAUCUUGCUCGUGAGUCUUUCUGUUGCUUAUACGAAAGAAAUCCUGAGAUUUCCAAUAUCCGAUGAUAUAUCUACAUUAACUACAGAGUACAGCAGUGAAGGUACAUUCGAAAAUUUGGAAGAUCAAUCCAUAACAAGUGACUUAGAAGAUACGAGAAAACGAGAAAGUGAUAGUAAUAUAGAAGACGUGGAAAUAAACGAUGAAAAUAAUAUAAAAGCUUUCAAUCGUAGUCAACCUUUUAGGACACUAGAGAGUGCUUCCAGAGUUUUACUUCCAGCUAAUUAUAAUCAUUCUAUAAACGAUGUGCUAUAUGAAAGGAAACCAGAAAAUGUUACUGAGAUCACAAAAAAUAAAAAGAAUACAGAAGAGAACGUUGUUCGUUCACCUAGUUAUAAAAAAUCAAAAAUCAGAGCUCACGUAAAAUAUGAUGAAGUUACAGGUGAAUUGAUAAAUGAAGAUCAUCCAUGUCAAAGAGAAUGUGUAGAAGGAGAUGAACCUAUGAUUUGCCAUUACCAUUUCAAUCUAGAAUGGUAUCACACAAUGAGUAAAGCUUGUUAUGACUGUCCGUACAAUUUAACAGAUUGUAAUAGGAUUGAUUGUAUACCAGCAGACGGUAUGAGGAGAGCAUUAAAUGUUAUUAAUAGAAAAAUGCCUGGUCCUGCUAUAGAGGUUUGUCACAAUGAUAUCAUUGUAGUUGAUGUGGAAAAUGAUUUGAUGACUGAGAGCACAACAGUACAUUGGCAUGGGCAGCAUCAAAGAGGAACUCCAUACAUGGAUGGAACUCCAUACGUGACGCAGUGUCCUAUAUUACCGGAAUCAACAUUCAGGUAUAAGUUUACAGCAACGCACGCCGGCACACAUUUCUGGCACUCACAUUCCGGUAUGCAGAGAGCAGAUGGCGCGGCUGGAGCACUGAUUAUUAGAAAACCCAGGACUCUGGAUCCUCAUGGUCAGCUUUAUGACUAUGAUAAGUCAGAGCAUGUAAUGAUUGUAACUGACUGGAUUCACGAGUUAUCAGUAUCUAUGUUCGUCGACCAUCAUCACUCUAUCGGUGACAACAAGCCUCCUACUUUAUUGAUUAACGGCGUCGGUCGCUUUAGGGUAUUUAAUGAAACCGCCGAACCUAAAUAUAUGAAAGCUGCUACUUUCAACGUUGAUAAGGGCUAUAAAUAUCGUUUCCGUGUGAUUAAUGCUGAAUUUCUCAACUGUCCCAUCGAGUUAUCAGUUGACGACCACAAUAUAACAGUAAUUGCGUCAGAUGGUUAUGAACUGGAGCCAAUAACGGCCACAUCUCUGGUAACUUAUGCCGGUGAACGAUAUGACUUCGUUCUCGAUGCCAACCAAGAUGUUAAUAACUAUUGGAUACGAUUCAGAGGCCUCAUGGAUUGCGAUGAAAGGUUUACGAAAGCUAAGCAAGUAGCAGUAUUGCAUUACGAAGGAGCGCCGGACGUUGAACCAGAAGGAGAUCCUACAUGGGAAGAAUUGCACAAUGAAGGACUGCAAUUAAACGCACUGAACAAAGGCGAAGAGGAAAAUGAAACGAUAAGCGUCGCCGAAAUGAGGUCGCUCCAGGGUUACGACGACAGUCUGAAAGAAAUCGCCGAUUAUCAGUUCUAUGUCGCUUAUGAUUUCUAUGCCAAGAAUAAUUCGCAUUUCCAUAGAUCGCCUUACUAUGGUUAUUACCAAGUUCCUCAUAAGGACAAUCGUUUAUAUACACCUCAACUCAACCACAUCAGUAUGAAGAUGCCAGCCAGCCCACUUCUUCUCGACAGACCCUCGCCAGACAACUUCUGCAACAUGUCAAGCAUCAGUGAGGAUUGCAAAGAAGGAUAUUGUGAAUGUUCACACGUCUUAUCAGUCAAGAAAAAUGCCGUAGUUGAAAUUAUCAUAGUCGAUGAAGGUGUAACUUUUGAUGCAAACCAUCCUUUUCAUUUACACGGACACAAUUUUAGAGUAGUAGGAAUGAGACGUCUAGCUAAUGAUACAACGAUAGAAGAAAUCAAAGCAUUUGAUGAGGCAGGGUUGUUAAAAAGAAAUUUGAAGAAUGCUCCACUAAAGGAUACUGUAACUGUACCAGAUGGGGGUUACACAGUUAUUAGAUUCAAAGCCGACAACCCUGGAUAUUGGUUGUUCCAUUGUCACAUAGAGUUUCAUGUUGAAAUUGGUAUGGCUUUGGUAUUUAAAGUUGGUGAACAUAAAGAUAUGGUUCCUGUACCACCUGGUUUUCCUCAAUGCGGUAAUUACAUCCCAGAUCAUAGUAUGGAAGCAACAGAAAAACCAAAGACAGAUAGUCAAUAUAUUUCUAUCAAUCAUUGGUGGCCUGUCGUAUUAAUGAACAAUAACAGUACUUCAUCUUCAUCUUGUUUAGAUUCUAUGAGUGCAUUAGUAGUUCUAUCUUUUGUUUGGUUAUUAAAAUUAGUUAUUGAUACUUAGAUAUUCAAAUUCAUUGUAUUUAUUUUUAAGAUUACAUUUCGUAAAACGAAAUCAUUGGUAUUAACAUAGAUAAGAUUAUUUUGUACUUACAAACUUCAGAUUCAAUCCAAUAUAUAUUAUGCGCUAGUUUAUUUAUAAUGUAUCAUUAAUAUUUAUUGGGCAGUACUUAUAUUUAUUAACCUUAUUAAACAAUGCCUUUCACGUGACUUCUUUCUCACGUCAUUAUUAAUCGGAAGAACCUAAAUCUUUAAUAAUUUUAUUUCUAUGUAGGAUAGAUUUGAAAUACGACCGAUAAGCAGGUUCUUAUGGUCUAUCAAGAAUAGUUUGCAAAGCGAAAAAUGAUUGUAAUACUUAGUAUUUAUAUAACAAAAUUUGUAUGAACAUUUGAAAUUAACAAUUAAGUAUAGAUGAAGAUUCUUAGUUGAACGUGCUUAUUUCAAGCUCUGAAGUAAU